AUGAACAUAACAUCAAGCAGGCGAUCGGGGGUCACAUGGGAGCGAGUGGCCCUGCUGGUCCUCAGUGUUCUCCUGGCAGCUGCCCUCACAGCUCUUGGUGUAACCCUUUAUGAAAAUACUCAAACCAAGAAGAGUCUCCAAAAAUAUCAAGAUGAGGCAAAAAAUCUCGCAGAUGAAACAUGUCCGAGGUGUGAGGACGGCUGGGAGCCACAUGGAGGAAAGUGCUACUUCUUCUCCUGGGUUACUUCAUCCUGGAAUAAGAGUAGAACACAAUGCACAUCAAUGAGAGGAGACCUGGUUGUGAUAAACAACAGAGAGGAGCAGAGAUUCCUGGAGUCUAGAGUGAGAGGGAAAAUGGAAAAUGAUGAGGACAAGUUCUGGAUCGGACUGACAGACGCACAGAAAGAGGAUGAAUGGCUUUGGGUGGACGACACACGACUGGAUCCAAGUUUGAUGUCUUGGCGUGAGGGCGAGCCAGACAACUGGUACAAGGAGAAUCCUGAUGGAGAGAACUGUGUGAGGAUGGGGGAGAAAGACGGAGCCACGUACCUGAAGUCCUGGGUCGAUCAAUCCUGCAAAUAUUUUCAAAAAUAUAUUUGUGAGAAAUAGAAAAAGCAUGAGCCUGAAAUCCAGUUGGAUCAGAUUGAGCUCGAGUCUUCAGCCACUUUCACAAACUGAGACUUGAUGCUUUAUUAAUGAAGAUCUUCUCCAGACAUAAACAACUUUGAAUAAUAUCUAGAGUCUCAUAUGUUCUUUAGUUUCCUUGUUAUUUUAAAGUGACGUUUACUCCUCCCUCAUAUAAAAUCUCUGAAUAUUAAAGAUUAUAUGUAAUAUC